CUCUACGCCAGUGCGAGGCUGCCUACACCACCGGCAUUCCCAGUAUGCACCGCGGACAGCAGCGGAAAAUAGUCCGUUGACGAAAGGCUGAGAAAAGGGAACCAGAGAGGAGUAGCUAACAGGCUAAAACCAACGUGUUCAUCUGUAUUUAACGGAACCAGAACGGCUAACAUGGCUGACAACGAGAAACUGGACAACCAGCGGCUGAAGAAUUUCAAGAAUAAGGGCCGAGAUUUGGAGGUAAAAGUUACGCAGAUACGGGUUGUGGAGGAGCUUCUUUUCCUCUCUACGCCGCCGCUGCUGCUCCGCUCUCGGCCAGCUUCGCCUCUCGGCUCCUUGUGACGUCGUUUCUAAUUUCCACCAUCGGGAACUUCGCUUCGUUCGUCUCGACCGGGGCCUUCACGUACCAUUACUUUGGACCGUUGGCCUCGGUCGGGCUCGGUUUCGCUUGUUUGGUUGCGCCAUGAGACCGCGCUGGUUAUGAAACAUCAUAUGAGAAAAGCUAGUCAGAGUUCACCGCCUCACUGCGAGCUAGCCAGGCCCGUGGAGGACAUGCUAGUUUAACUUAAGCAUACCACCUCUGAAUACGGCUCUUAAAUGAUUCAUACGCGUUGAAUACACAUCCAAAAAGGAAGACACUUGAUAUUCAAGUUGUCAUAUUUCGUUAUUUCUCCUACUGGUUGGCGUUUACAGUUGGAAAUAACCGCUAUUUUGAAAUUUAGCUGUGUGCUAACAUGCCUGCUAGCUCCCGUUAGGCUUGGUGUUACUGGUGGCUGCAGUUCCACCCAUCCCCCGUCUUUAUUACCAAAAACAAUGGCGGAAACCAGUUAGCCUCUCAGAUGGACUCUUAUCUUAAUUUUAUUAAUCAUAUCACGGUGUCAGGAGUUUAUUCCGAGGUUUAUAUAGCAUCCACAUGCUCAGAAAACAAGGUGAAAAGGAGCAGCAGGCUAGUUAACACGAUCACAUGACGUUGUAGAUCAAAGCUACAUGUUAGCCGGAUCCAUAAGUUAGCGUCUGAUUUAUAGUUAGCUCAGCUCCCCCCCAGGUUCAUUACCGUGAAAAGAGGGAUGGGGUUGUUUUCAAGCUUGCUUUCUCAACAUAUGUUUGAGCAAGAUGGACUCAUACAUCCUGUUUGACGAGUAUUUUCUGACGGGAGCUUGUUAGGCCACCAGAUAUCAGCUGUCUGAGCUGGAAACAUGUUAAUAACUGCAGGUAUCAUCCCAAGACAUCAGCACAUAUAUCACAGAUGUAGAGGUCUCUCAGCGAUUUGUUAUUUAAAUUAGGUACAUCCAGAUUAGACAGUCAAAAAUGAUCAUUAUUAACACGAAACAUACUGUUGUGAUUCAAUCUUUAUUGUAGUUUUUGUGGGUUGGAUUAGUGGUGCUAUUAAACUACAUAAUGCUAUGUCAUUAAGUGUUACAAAUAUGUGACACCCUCUUAGAUGAAGUAUGGCCUUAUAUGUAAAAAAUAAUAUCAAAACUAUCAUCCAGAUUAGACAGUCAAAAAUGAUCAUUAUUGCCACAAAACCUACUGUUAUACUGUUGUGAUUCAAUCUUCAUGGUAGUUUCUGUGUUCUAUCAGACUACAUAAUGCUAUAUCUGAACUUGAAACAUGUUAAUAACCGCAGGUAUCAUCCCAGACAUCAGUACAUAUAUCACAGAUGUGGAGGUCUCACAGUGAUUUGUUAUUAAAAUUAGGUACAUCCAGAUUAGACCGUCAGAAAUUAUCAUUAUUGACACAAAACCUACUUUCAUACAGCUGUGAUUCAACCUUCAUUGAAGUUUCUGUGGGUUGGAUUAGCAGUGCUAUCAGACUUCAUAAUGCUAUGCCAUAAAGUGUUACAAAUACAUGACCACCUCUUAGAUAAAGUAUGCCAUCAUAUGUAGAGAACAAUAUCAAAACUAUCUCUCUGAAAGAGGAUAAGUCGUUUGCAUCAGUCUGAUCAGGAUAUUAAACACAUUCAAUAAGAAAUUGGAUUCAGAGGUGAUUAGUUUUUAAAUAUAUGUUGAAAGUAGAGGGAGGUUCUGGUCUUUCAAUAAUUGAAUCAUCUAAGAGAUGUCUCUGAUGGCUGAUUAAUUGGUCUACUUCUAUUUGCAAAUGACUGUAUAUUGAUUGCAAUGUCAUUGUUAUCAGGCUAUAGGAAUCCACAAUAAACACAUCUGAAUUAAUCACAUUUAAAUAAGAGAAAUGAUUUGAUUUCCCUCAGCAUGCAAAUGUUUAACAUGUGUGGGUAACAUGGCUGAAUUUUGAUGCAGUUAGAUGAGGCCAAAAAGAGCUAUCAGCCACCCUUAACUUCUCUGUAGAUGUCUUUUUAAACUUCAUCAUGAAAAGAAACGUGUAACACUUGAUGAACAGCAACAGACGCAGAAACUGAGUUAGAGCCAACAUGCACUCUUGAAUGUUCUAAUCACAUUUAAACACACAAAUUAACUGAUAUGUUGAACAGUACAGACCUACUUAUGAUAGCUGUAUAGAACAUUAGGUAAAUUAAACUGGUCUAACAUAUAAUCGAAUAGCAAAGAAUUAGCUGCAUGCUAGGACACAUUGAAAAAUAGUUUUGCAGUAACACAAGCUGAGCCACAUUAGGUCAGACUCAUGUUAAGUGUGUGUGUGUGUGUGCUGUCAUACGCAGUGUACAGACAGUUGACUUAAUGCUUCGGGUAUGAAUGACACUGUGGAUCAGCUCUUUGUGCUCAAACUGGAUCUUAAUCUCAGAUUGUGGCCAAAUUCAGUGUCUUAGCUGGUGUCACUGUCUUGGCAAGGCAUGGUUGGGAUUAAAAGUCCUCAUUAUGCAAUCCUAAUGAAUUGUCUCUCCUGCAGACUAUGAGAAGACAGAGGACUGAGGUCGUGGUGGAACUCAGAAAGGUAGGUUCCACUCUUAACUAUUGACACCCUAGGUUUUUUUUUUUUUUUUGCCAUUCUUAGUGGCAUGCUGGUCUUAAAGCUGCUAAAUGUACAUUUUUAAAAGCUACAUUUUUUUCUGACACUUGAAAUUGCAGUUGGAAUGUACUUGUUGCUAAGUUUUUGUUACCUCCUACAGAACAAAAGAGAUGAGCACCUUCUGAAGAGGAGAAAUGUGCCCCAUGAGGACAUCUGUGAGGACUCUGAUGUGGAUGGAGAUUUCAGAUCGGUACGGUUGUAUUUCCUCUCUCAGAAUGAAACGCUAAUCUCUGUGGAAAUGUCUCCGUGUUCAUCCCUCUUGUGAAGCGGCGUUGGCACAUUUUAUGCCAGUGUUUUUUGGGCUUAACAACUUGACAUGGAACAUACCAAUCAUGAAGCCCACCAUCACAUAAGAGCUGUUCAUGUGAUGACAUUGAAAUGGCCACUCAGCAGUUCAGAAAUUCAAUCACAGUAACAGCCGAUUGGUACUGAGAGGGCUGACUCAAAAUGGGUUGCUUAGCGGUAUAUCAACAAUGACAUGCUGCUCUGACUCACUGCGAGACACUGGUGAGGGCUUUGAGGAACAGUGAGCGCGCAGGUAUUCUUCUCAUGAUAAAUAAACCAAUCAUGGCUGCGGCUGUUUUAAUCAGUUAAGAAUUUCACGUUGAUUUGCCGUCCUGGGAACAUUGCUUUCUUGCCUGUCGUGUGGUCACUGUAGCCUGCUGAGCUUAUUAGAGUUUAUGUGCCGUCUUCUAAUAUCAGAUGUUUACCAAAUCCCUCUCCACCCUCAGUUUUCUGUUGAGUUUCUGUGUCUCUGCCUUUGGUCUCAGUUCUUAUCACCAGCAUGUAUUUCCCUAGACCCAAUUAGACCAUGCCUGUCUGUUAUAUCUUCCCCCGCAGCCAUGGAAUGCCAAAAUGUAAAUAUAAAUCAACUGCAAGGACAUUCAUUUUUGUACGCUGGCUUGUCUGAAUGUUUUUUUUUUUCAAUUUAUUUUCUAGUUUGACUUUUGUUGUAAUUUAUCAGAGAAUGCACCAGAAGCAAGAUGUAGAUGCCAGCUUUUUAGAACAGAAAAUGUAGUAUUCAGUUCUGGAUAUGAAAUGAUGCUUGAGAACCACAACAGAGCUGGCCUACAUUGGGCGUUGAACUCCCCACAGAGGGCGUCAGGUAAGGUUGCCAGUUGGCAAAAAGAUCCUGUUGAAUGCUGGCCUGCACGUCCAGCCCUGCUGACUCUUUGUAACGCCAACUUGGUCCAAGUGAAAAUGCCAGUUACUACAUUGUUCUGAUGGCAGACAUCAACCUCACUUCACCGUGGCCAACCCUGCUUUGGUGUCCUUCCUUCCUGCUUUGUCAUCUCUGAACACAAAAGUAAUAUUAGGAAUGAGCAGGAUGCUAACAAUGUCUGUUCAGCCUUAUUUAGUGCUGCCAGGAUAUGAACCCCUCAGGAAGCAUUUCUUUUGUACUUCAAACUAGGGCUGGGCGAUAAAACGAUAACGAUAUAUAUCGAAAAUUAAUUUCCCUCAGUAUCAAUAUAAAACAUGGUCAAUAUGCUCUUCAAUAGUCGGUAUUCUGCCAUGUUUUGGUAGACUACACGAAUAGCCAAUGAAAGGGGGAGUUGCACUGGGUCUGCUUCACGCUGAACCAAUCAUGUGCUGAAUUAGAACCAAGUAGCUGCUUUCUCUAGCGCAACGUCUUAUGACAAAACAUCGAAGAGACACAAAGACCUCACAGAUGCGGUAGCUUAUCUUAUCUAUUGCAAAAGAAUGCUACCAAUAAGUGCUGUUAAAUUUUAGUUUUGAAAUCAUGAUAUAUAUCGAUAUCGACUGAUGCGAAAAAAAAUAUGUAGUGAUAAAUUUUUCCCAUAUCGCCCAGCCCUACUCCAAACACAGAUUAAACCUGCUACUACACAAUUUGUAUUUUCUGUCAGUGCAAACUUUCACAGGUCAUGAAUGUGACUUUCAACCUUUUGUUUUACAGCAAAACACCUCUCUCGAAGCAAUAGUACAAGUAAGUAUGAUGUGUUUAUUUUUCCUUGUCAUUCAGUACAUGCUGUCAGAAUUUACCUGAAAUGAUUCAACUUAGUUAGACUGUCCUUUUUCAGUUUGAAAGAAGUGUUGUUAGAAAGCAUUCACUCACUUCUCGCUUGGACGUUCUAGCUUACAUGUCUUUUGACUCACAGCAGAUUUGCUUUGUGUUUAUUUUAAUUUUCUUGUAUUUGUUUUGUUGUAGAAUGCCACCAGUGAUAACCAGGGCGUCCAGCUGAGCGCUGUUCAGGCUGCCAGGUAGGAACAAACACACUGAUCAAGCAGCCAGCCAAUUUUGGGCUAUGGUCUUUUAUGACUGUAUAACUAUUUAGUGGCACAUAUUGUUAACUUAUGUGAGCGCAGUUUUUUAGUAUCUGUAGAUGCUUCCCUGCCUGACGACCAUCUGAGAAGUCCGAGUUGUUUCAGUGAUGUGACAGCUGAGGGGAUGAAUACAGCUUUUGGGAAUUUGGAUUUUUAGUAUAACUCAAAUUUGAUGCAUCAACUCAAUCUCUAUGUGGGAAUCUUUGAAAUGAUCAUCAAUUAAUGUAAUUUUAUUCAAAAUAUACUUGAAUACGCACAUGAAAGUUACUAAAAUGUUAAUUUGUAAAUACAUUUUUAGCUUUUUUCACAAUCUGUCUGUCUUCAGUUUACUUUCUUUUCUGCACACACUCCACCUGUUCGCACUGGACUAAACUAAAGAGCCAGUUUCAAAAGAAUACGCUCAUUUUCCGGAAGUGCAGGCUCAUUUGUUUAGGAGAUGCAAUUCAGUGGUUAGCCAAAGUGGAGGUUGAAUACUUUCAGUGUCUAGCAUAAUCUUGCUGAGUUUACCAAGGUAUCUAAUUCCAGCUCUCUAUUUCAAUGGCCCUGUUGAAUGCAGUUUAUAAAAUGUUGUUGUUUUGAACAUCUAAAGAAGUAAAACUGAAAAUGAUAACUGUCUGGUGGACUGAAUUGAUGCUGGCCACCAUAUCACACACAUAUACUCGACCUUGUAUUUGUUACCAGAGACUCUGCUGCUCUUGUCCACCAGCUUAUUGUGUCCAGUUUCCUGCAAAAUCUAGUUUUAAUAAAGACUAAGAGAGAUGUUUCCAGCUCGGUCAGACAGUAGUGAUUUACACUUUGUCAGCACUGUCUUUUUCAUGGGUGCUGUAACUCAUUUUUAGUUGCGGUACACAGGAUAGCUGAAUAACUGAAACCUGUUCACGUAUUAGAGCAUUCCUUCAUCGUUAUUUUCAUCUUUGUUUACCUUUGGCUGAGGUCGAGCCUGCAGCUUUAUCUCAACAAUGCAGUUGUCCUUAAACUGUACCCGGUGUUGUGUAAUGUUGAUGCGGGCUCCUAAGCAUUCACCUGGAAAGUGAUUGACUCGUGCAUGCCGACUGUUCACAUUCUUUGGCCGAUCUGUCUUUGUGUAAAUACUUUCACUUGUUGGCAUCUGUAAGUAAAACUACGAAGGGAUGAACCUGUUGAAAAUGGUCUCCUGUUUUCUUUUUGCUUUUUCAGGAAGCUGUUGUCCAGUGACCGUAACCCUCCCAUAGAUGACCUGAUAAAGUCUGGGAUCCUUCCUAUACUGGUCCUCUGCCUGGAGAGAGAGGACAAGUAAGCACUUUUCAGACUCCUGUCUCUACACAUGAAAAAGCAUGAUUGACUGUGACAUGUAAUCAUUAUGAUAUAAGUAAACCCUGUUCCCCAUGAUGUUAAGUUUAUGUACUCCUCAAAGUAAUGCAAAUGAUCGAGCAAGGUUUAGUCUUGGGAGCCGUGGAGCAGUUAUGUAAAUGUGCUCCAGUUUUCACCCUCCAGGAAUGGCAAAAAAAAACAAAAACAUAAAUGACUCAUCAGCUUGCUUUUAAGCUGCCUCCCCAUCACUCACACUCACUGCUGCUUACAUAUUCCCCUCAUCUCUCCACAGCCCGUCCUUGCAGUUCGAGGCAGCCUGGGCUCUAACCAACAUAGCGUCCGGUACCUCAGAGCAGACCCAAGCCGUGGUCCAGUCCAGUAAGUGUCCCAAUGUGUCAACGCAUAACUUAACUCUCUUUGGUUACUUAGACUUUUUACUCCAUUAUGCUUAACUGAUGUAGAUAUUAGAAAUUUCAACUCUUUGAACUAGUCAACUUGGGGGUUGUUAUUUCAAGGGUACAGAGCAUCCUUAAUCAUGAUGAAAAAUGCAGAUUUAAUGGCAGAGUUGACAUAUUUCUGACCUGGAAUACUUAAAUGAAGCAGAUGUCGUCCAUCUUCAACCUUCUCUUUCCCCUCUUUCUCUUGAGAUUAAUAUUUCUUGGAGUAUUUUUUAUGUCCACAUUAAGAGGCACGGUUUCAGAUGGUCUCCUAAAUUGUCUUGUGAAUUUAUGAAUCUGGCCAUGCCCAAGUGUAAAGUAUGAAUCUUCUCGAGUGACCAUUAAAAAAUGUGAUCAGAAGAUUUAAGAAGUGCAUAAAAGUGGGACUGUAAGACUUUUCCUCGAGCAUUUACCAAACUCGAUGAGACACGUUGUCGUGAAGCUGAAUUAGAGCGAUACAUCAUCAAGUUGUAAGAUACUUGUGUACAAAACUGCUUUGACGUGCGCUCUCAUGAAAUUUUCAGAAACACAUUCAGCCCACCCAGAAAGCUGAGGGAACUUUUCAGAAGGUUUGUGUAUGUUCGACUUCAAAUCAAGAUUAACACCUGUCCUUCUCACCUGUGUAGACGCUGUGCCACUGUUCCUGAGGCUGCUUCAGUCUCCUCACCAGAAUGUGUGCGAACAAGCUGUCUGGGCCCUUGGCAACAUCAUAGGUGAGUCACUGUUGGCACCAGCAGCUCAGAAUUUAAUACAGUCAAUCUCAAGAUCUGGUGUGGUUCAUCGUUGUGUGUGUUUUUAUUCAGGUGACGGCCCUCAGUGCAGAGAUUACGUUAUCAGCUUGGGCGUGGUCAAACCACUGCUCUCCUUCAUCAGUCCUUCCAUCCCCAUCACCUUCCUCCGCAAUGUCACCUGGGUCAUGGUCAACCUGUGCCGCCACAAAGACCCUCCACCACCUAUGGAGACAAUCCAAGAGGUGUGUUUGUGUGUAGAGAGGAGAGCAAGGAUAAGUGAGCAGAGUGUGUAUAUAUAUGUGUCAGCUGUGUUAGGUUAUUGCCUGUAGAGAUGAUUGUGGAUUCUGCAACAGUGAAGUGAAAUGAUAGAGGGGGAGGAUCGCUACUUCCCAGUUUAAGAAAAUGGAAAAAGUUUUGAUCGGAAAGGAUCGAAGUGAGAUCAGCGAGGUUAGGACACACCUGAGAAUCAUCUGUGUGUGAUCGAGAAAAGACACGUCUCAUUGAGAUGAGCACAGUUGAGAAAUUUUGAUGUUAUGUUUUUUAUUUUUUACCUUAAUAGCUAACAGUGGGUACAAAAGGAGGCUUGGUUGAAUAAUGUGCCAUAAGGUUCAGGACAAUGUCACCCAGGCAAGUUAGUGUUAGGGAUGCACUGAAAUAAGAAUUCCCCGCCAAAACCGACAAUGAGGAAACCAAAGAAACACCAAAUUAAAUUAUGUCAGUUAUUAGUACCAUUCCAUUAAUGGCUAUGACUUUGUACUAACCUCUCUAAAAUCAGGGCAUUGCAAUUACAUAAAUUAAUGUUAAAUUAUUAUUAAUUAAUAUUGCAAAUUAAAUUAGUAAUAAUUUAUGCAAUUGCAAUGUGAGUUUUGAGUCAGUGUGUUGGGCAAUUUUUGACUGAAAUUUUCGAUGGACGAAUUUUUAGUGCAUCCCUAUUUAGAAGAAGAAAUAUUUUGAGAUAUGGAUUUAUUUGGUGGAGACGGUUCGUGUUCUGUCUAAGCUUUUGAGGUGGAGAGAAAUUAACAGUUUUGAAUUUAAUUCAGGUGCAACGUGUGUUUCAACAUACAGGGUCAUGCAGCCACUUUGAUUACAUUCACCUUCAUGGAUUAAAUAGAAAUCUUUUUUUAUGUUUUGUUUUCAUUUCACUCAAUAAUUCCAGCUGACUUUCCGCUCCUUUUUCAGAUCCUGCCAGCUCUCUGUGUCUUGAUCCACCACACUGAUGUCAGUGUGAGUAUUCUGGUUCAUUCAGACUAUACAGCAAGCCUGUAUUGCUCAUCUUUAUUAACUAUCAGCAAAGUUAGAAGCAUGCUUUAUUAUUAAAGGAAUAAUGUCUUCAUCCGUUUAUUUUCUCUUUGCUACCUCCAGAUCUUGGUCGACACAGUGUGGGCUCUCUCUUAUCUCACUGACGCCGGGAACGAACAGAUUCAGAUGGUCAUUGACUCUGGCAUUGUCCCUCAUCUUGUACCACUGCUCAGUCACCAGGAAGUUAAAGUUCAGGUAUGCAAAGAUGUCAGACAUGACAUCAACUUUAGCUUUAUGUAAAAAUAUUUUACCGUGUAAUUUAAAGGCUGUGUCGCCCUGAGAUUUCUAACAAUCAGUAGAGGACAGCAGCAGCAGCAUUAUACAGAGAUUAUGAUGCUUUCAACAAAGUAAAAAAAUCUGGCAAGCUCUAUUACCAUGACACAGGAAUGUCAUUCCCCCAGAUUUGUCUGGAGGUGACCCGUGAAUUAUAUAUGUGUACAUCAUUUUGUGAAUGAAGGGGGUUUGUAAACCGCACAGUGGAAUAAGAAAAAUUCCAGGACAUCUGCAAGCUCUUAUGUAAAUGUUUCUUCAUGAUCAUUUGAUCCUGCACUCAGCCUGUUUUAAAGUGGCAGUGGUGAACCAUGUUAGCUGUUUCAAUUGACUAGUAGGCUGUGCAAGUACUUCAAACUUCCAAACUCUUUUAGCAGAGCCUGGGCCAUAUGCAGAUUUUCAGUAGAUAAGCUAUAAGAUCAUUUUUAGUCUUUACCUGAAGUUGUAGUGAUUUCUUUGACCUUCGCUUUAAUUGAAUAUUUAACGGCAUUGAGUGUCCAGUGCCAAUCACAUCCCUGUACCCUGGAGAUACUAUUGUCCUAACGGUUAAACACUCUUUACUCACUCAGACUGCUGCGCUGAGGGCUGUUGGGAACAUUGUGACUGGCACGGAUGAACAGACCCAGGUGGUGCUCAACUGUGAUGCUCUCAGCCACUUCCCUGCACUCCUCACACACCCGAAGGAAAAAAUCAACAAGGUAAUGCACCGCUCGCUCUCCCUCCUACACAAGUACACGCCUCUCCCUCCUGUCACUCUCAGCGUUCCUCUGGAAGUGAUGAAAUCAGAGACUUGGUGCUUGUACGAAUGCGAUGUGUGAGGCUUAGAGGGGUCAGGUACUUAGUUGGAGCCGUUCAACACAUGGAAGAAGAAGAUGAAGAGGAAGAAGAUCGCAUUUGGAGGAGGGGUGGUUGUAGGAAGUGAGGGGAUGAGGGAGAGGGUUGUGUGUGUGUGUUUGUGGUUGAGUGUGAAACCAUGGGUUGGUGGCCAGAGGGUGCUGAAGACCUUGUGUCUCUGCUGAUAAAGGAGUGCAUCUGAGACCAAUCACUUGAAAAGAGGCCCCCUGUUUGUGAUCUGGUUGAUGAUUAGAGCCUCAAAACCACCCUCGCCCCGCCCUCAGCACCCUGUCUCGACCAGAGAUCCACCUUACAGGUUGGAUCUUUGGAUUCUGAUCCAGCUAGUUCGGACCUCAAGAAAAGGCAUCAACAGUAUAAACAGUUCCCCCUCUGUAUACUUGUGUACCUCCACGGCCCCCAGUUUGUUUUCAGGAAUUUCAAAGCAGUUACUAACUUGUACUUGUGCCGUUUGUCCUGCAGGAGGCAGUGUGGUUCCUGUCCAACAUCACAGCAGGCAACCAGCAGCAGGUGCAGGCUGUCAUUGAGGCCAAGCUAGUCCCCAUGAUCAUUCACCUGCUCGACAAGGUGUGUAUCCAUCUCUUUAAAAAACAGUUCGUACAAUUGGAUCAUGUUUGAUUUGUGUUUGAAAGAGCUAAUUGGUUAAAUCUGUUGCACAUUUUUAGGGCGACUUUGGCACUCAGAAGGAAGCAGCCUGGGCCAUCAGCAACCUGACAAUAAGUGGAAGAAAAGAUCAGGUAACAAGAAAAGAAGUUUAGAAUUUUGAAUCUUUUUAAAAUCUGCAUUUUUUCCGAAUUUUAGCUGAAAUAUUGAAAUACAUCUCAUCAUCAAAACCUUAUCCCCCUUCUAAUGUUUCUCGUCUGCUUACCUACAGGUGGCACACCUGAUUGAGAAACAGGUGAUCCCUCCGUUUUGCAACCUGCUGACAGUGAAAGAUGCUCAGGUGGUGCAGGUGGUUCUCGAUGGCCUCAGCAAUAUCCUCAAGAUGGCAGACGAUGAGGCCGAAACGAUUGCUAACCUCAUUGAGGAAUGUGGAGGUAAGCUGUGAAGCACUUUUGUCGUCGUCAAAAGAGGAUCAUGAGUGUUUUCAUUUUGGUUCACCGAGUAUUUUCUGUUAAUUUUUCUGUUAAUUAGGUUUGGAAAAGGUGGAGCAGCUGCAGAACCAUGAAAAUGAAGAUAUCUACAAAUUGGCAUAUGAAAUUAUUGAUCAGUUCUUCUCAUCUGACGAUGUAAGUACCAGGUGGAUGCAGACAAAUACCACAUUCAUGUUCCACGAUACCUGCAGUGCACGUCUAAGGCCCUCUUUUCUCUUGUCAUUCAGAUUGAUGAAGACACCAGCCUGGUCCCGGAGGCCAUCCAGGGCGGGACUUACGGCUUUAACUCCGCCAACGUGCCAGCUGAGGGAUUCCAGUUCUAGACGGCAUCUGGGGUAUUCUGGAGUUUUGUUCACGAUGCAGCACUCUGUUCAACAUAAAAAAAUUAGGAGAGAAAGAGCGAGAGAGAGCGAGAGUGUGAGAAAUUUGAUCCAUUGUGCUUGGCUCGUGGGAUCCAUGGCUGCAUCUUAUCUGAGAGAAAAAUGUGUGGAUUUCAUUUGGCAUUCCAGGGGAAACCAGCCCAAAUGAAGUUUUAGAUGGCGAGUGGGUGCGAGUGAGAAUGAGUGGCUACAUGUUGCAAAAAAGCAAAACAUCUACAUCGAAUGCGUUGAGAGACAUGCCGACAUAACUUGUGUGUUAUCGGAGCUGUCGCCUACGGAAAACUACUUCAAAUGACAACAAAAAACUCGAUGUCUGCCCGGGGAGAACCAAGGACAUCCAAAAAUAAACCAAGACAUCUUGAAAUAUUACAAUACAACAAAAUGCAGCAAUGAAAAUAACUCUAAUUAUGAACUGAGAUGAACCACAAACCAUCACAAUUCUGCGGUCCUCCGACUACAGAGGGCGCCACCCUCAAUGUGCCCCUCCCCUAAUCGACCACGCUAUCAGACAUGAGUGUGAAUGGACCCAUUGUGUAUGAAUGUCUGGACUCAGUGCUGAGGAGCCAGGUUCAUCUCCUCCAACGAGACGCCCCUGACUGGGCACCAUCCUCUCUCCCCCUGGUGGGCGGAGCCAGGAGUCCGGCUGCGCGUGUCGCAUAUGUACGAGAGAAUGGACGGAUGAGUUGAGUGUGCUUGGCUGCGUGCGUGACUGGGAGUAUGCAAGGCUGGGUGAGAACGCAUGCAAGAGACAGGAAAAAAAAAAAUUAACAAAUAUGACAUCUGAAGAGAAACAAAAUUAAGAAACGCAACACUUUGAGGUUAGCAAAGGUUUCAGGAAAGAAAUUCUGCCUUUGAAAGAGAGAGGCUGAUCCUCAAAUCCCUGAAAGGAAGAACUUUGGAUAUGAAAAAAAUCAUCGUCAUCACAAGGAUAAUAUUUUUGUUUUGAAUUAAUGUUAAGUUAGUAUUAAUUGACACUGGACAAUGCUAUGGCAGGUAUGGAGCAGAAGUGCAUUAUAUUAAGUAAGAUGCAUUUGGUGGCUUUUGGUCUUUUCUUUUUGCCUCCAGUGUGUUCCUUUUCAUGAUACUUUUUAUUUUCAGCUUUUAGUUUCAUUGCUUCUGUAAAGGUGAUUGAUGACGAUCAUAUUCCACCCUCAUGCCAGAACCCUAACCUAAGCAGCGGGCAUGGGCUUGAUGCUGUGAAAUAUUGACACCAUCACUAUUAUCAACCAAAUGACCAGUUCCUCCUUGUGACACUUCAUUAAUUUUCCUUGUAUUUACAGCAAAAUCACUGCUUUGCAGUAUUGUUGCCAUAAGGGAGAAGAGAACAAUGGCCAUUUCACGUAGGAUUGUGAAUCAUAACCUUUGCAUGUACUAAACUAUAGCACAGUUAUUUUUAGGGUAUUUUAGUUUCCUUAGGCUGUGGAUACAGUGUUAAUUUCAUUUUAAGUAAAACUGUGCUUAAAUGUUACAUGUUUCCCCUUCCCUUACCCCUCACUAGUGUCCGACUUGCUAAAUAAUCUAUGGUUUUGCACAUGUUCUGCAAAGUGAGGCCUGAAGUCUUUCUGAAGGUGUUGGUCGGUUUCAUAGGUUUCGACCAGCCAACAACCUCUACAAUAUGCAUCACUCAAACCACAAUCUUUGUUGUCUUUCUAGAGUUCAAUGAUGCUUUUAGUGAUACUUGAGAAAAUAAUGACUUCAUUUCGGGAGCAGCAGGAAUGAAUCUGCUAAUAUAUCUCAGCUAGACUAAGAAGGGACUCAACCUCCCUGUUUUUCGAGGUCAGAGGGUGUCCCACGUGUCAGGCUUAAGUCGUCCUAAGUGGGAUAGCCUGAAUAAUAAAUAAACCCAUGAACAAGUUUGCUGUACCUUUAGUACCUUGCAGAGUCCUUAGCCCCACACUCCUCUUUCCUCUUCUACCAGCUAGGUGUACAAACUGACCCUUGCUUACCCUUACUCAUUUUUUUGUGUUAACUUCAAACACUGUAGUAAAUGAUUACACAUUGUGCUCAUACACCUUCUGUUGAAUAUAGGGGUAUUUUUUGCAGCAUUCCUUGUUAGCAAACAUGUGGUUUCAAAUCUAAAAUCAUGACAUGGACGGAAAAAAAAGUUGGUUUGCCCAAAAUCCUUUUUUUGGGGGGGAUAGGCUAUACAGGUUAGGUUGUCUUCAACAAAAUAAAUAGUGAAACCCAAACUGA